AUGGGGGCACAAAAGCAAAAGCGGAAGGCAAGUUGUAGGUACAGAGCCAAAGCGGAGAUCGGGGGGAGUUGGGAAAAUUGGCGGAGGCGACAGUCGUCUUCGCGUGUGCCCGGUGUUAACUAUAAACAAAUGGCUCGGGUUCAUGCGCUUCCCCCCGUCGCGGCCGGCAAAAAAAGAAGUGCGGUGUCGUCAUUUCUUUGUCUUGAGCCACUUGGGUAUCUUUCUCUUGACGCCUUCCUUCUUCGGUGGGGUUGUGGAAACCGGCUUCUCCUCCGGAAGCACCUGAGGUUUUGGCGGGAGCACAGGCGCGAUGGAUUCCGGGGUAUCCUCAACCUUGUCGAGCAGCCACUUUUUCAACAAAAGACCCGUAUCCGUGGGGCCCUCAUCGAUGGCAACAUGGAUAAGCGCGGCCGGCACGAAGCCCUGGCUCCAGAGCGUAUCGUCGAGCUUGGUGAGCUUCAUCUUCGGGGGGACGACGAACAUAUGAAACUUAGUAUUUCGUGCGUCCAGCAGUGCGGCGCGGACGAAGCGCUGCACGUUGCGGACGGUGCUCUGCGGGGUGAAGAUGCCCUGGAUGGCCAUGCGGUCGGGGAACAGGAGGCGGAUGAGGACCUUACGGAAGCGGCUCAUGCGCUUGGCCGCGUGGGCGUCGCGCAUUUUGCGCGUCAUCAUGGUGCCGUUCGUCAGGCGGUUCACGUCGGCCGAGAUGGACUGGGCCGCGUGCCGCAGCUCGUCUGCAGACGGCUGGUAGAAGUCGUCCGGCAGCUCGACCUGGCGCGCGUCGAACCGCGUCGCCGACGGCCGGAACACGCGCACAGAGUGGCCCUCCAGGACCUGGCGCGCCUUCUGCUCCGGCGUCAGCGCGGGAGGCGGCGGCGACGGCGACGGCGACGGCGCGACAUCGGCGGGUGUGGGGUUUGUGGGUGUGGCGUCGGCGCGUGCUGCGUUGGCCGGCGUGGCGUCAGCUGGAGGCUUCCCCGCAGACGCGGGUGCGGCGUCCGCGGGUGCGGCGUCGGAUAG